AACCAAUACACUUCGUGUUCCCGCAGAAUAAUAAACAAGGGACUUCUCUACUGUUUGGCAUUUCGUCUAUUGUUCUGCCGCUUCUAUUGAUGUCUCUCUGAACAAAAGGCUGGUUGGGGGUCCCCGCGCGCUGAUUGGUUGCCGAGCAGACGCCAACGAGCUCCGCCGCCUGGACCGCCACGGCAGAUGGACUUGCUCUAUCCGAGUCGUAGUCCUUUCAAGUAGGCACAGCGACUGACGUGGACCCGGAGGUGAACGAAACGAGGGGCGAUUCACGUUCGGUUUGGCCGGCGACUCUCACCGAAACGUCUGAGGGAGAGAACCGGAACCGAGCCCGUUGACGCCUCGUUGUUCGGGCCCUCUGAUCAUGGAUGGCACUCGUAGUGGAGUUCAGGUUGGAGAAAACAAGUUCAUCAGCAAGGCAACCAUCCUCUCGCAUCUGAAAACAUACAACAUUUACUAUGAAGGACAGAAUCUACAACUCCGGCACAGAGAGGAAGAGGGGGAGCUGAUUGUUGAGGGCCUGUUGAACAUCUUUUGGGGUCUCCGGCGACCAAUCAGGCUUCAGAUGCAGGAUGACCACGAGCGCAUCCGACCGCCUCCUUCCUCCACAUCCUGGCACUCGGGUUGCAUUCUGGACAGUCAAGGUUCCCCAAACAGCACAGAUGGUCAACAAGCACCUCAGGCAGCUCCGCCGAUGGUGCAGGUGACGCCGCCAGACAACCAAUCAGAAGACAACGGCGUGAUGGAGCAACACACGGAAGAGGACAGUGAGAAUUCUGCUCAACUCCUCAGAACGAAGAGUGACGCCGGGGUACUAAGGCGAGUCCACCGCCGCUCCCCUAGCGACCAGAGGAAGAUCCGUCGCCAUCGCUUCUCCAUCAACGGUCACUUCUACAACCACAAAACUGCUGUGUUCACGCCCGCUUUUGGGUCAGUGACCAAUGUUCGCAUCAACAGCUGCAUGACAACGCCGCAGGUGCUGAGAGUUCUCCUCAACAAGUUUAAGAUUGAAAACAGCCCUGAUGACUUCGCACUCUACCUCGUCCAUGCCAGUGGAGAGCGAGUGAAGCUGAAGCGCAGCGACUUCCCUCUGGUGUUGAGAGUCAUGCAGGGUCCUUGCGAGCAAGUGUGCAAACUCUUCCUCAUGGAGGAGGACUUGGGAGAAGAAGUCACUUAUGACGUGGCGCAGUACAUCAAGUUUGAGAUGCCCGUGCUGCAAAGCUUUAUCAUCAAGCUUAAGGAAGAGGAGGACAGAGAAGUGCAAAAGCUGAGGAGAAGGUACAAUGUCCUUCGCUGCAUCAUAGAGAAGCAACUGGGCUGCCUGCCAGAAGGUCCCGAGUGUAUGUGAAAGCCACAAAAGACACGGAGCGAAGACACCAUCUUGUCGACUCAGACGUCUUCGCCAAACGCACACGGUGCUACCGCACUGAUUGUCUCGAGUCCAUUUAAAGCACAAGCAUCGUUUCAUGUUUUCAGCCAAGUGCCUGCUAAAAACUCACCAAGCACAACAAGUGAUUAGAAAUAUUUUUCCACAUCCAUCCCACAAAAGGAUAUUCAUGUCAUUUAAAAAUGUUCAAAGCACAACAAAAGACUUUGGGGCAUCUAUUUGAAGCCUGGUGCACAACACAAGGCUGCUUGUUCAUGUCUAGAGUGAAUGUGUGUGCUUACACGCACACCAAGACCCUGAGUGGAAGAAGGUCAGGGGUGUCUGUCUAUGAAAUUUAUUUGCCAGCUCCAACAGCGUUAAACACCUUCGUGGUGUUGACUACGCUCGCUGUCACCGCAGGAUGUCUUUUUGUGAUUUGAUAGUUUCUUUUACUGUGUAGAGGCCAUGCAAAAGUGUGUGUCAUUCUGAGAAUGUGCAUGCUUUUUGUUUUGUAUGACUUAAUGGACAAAACUUGGAAAUAUUUGAGUCUUUGACGAGAUAUGAAAUGGGGGGCUGGGGUUGAAUAUGAUUGUAAUUUAAUUAAAAAGUUUUGUGAAAAGAGAGUCCUAUGUGUUGAAUGACUUCCAAUCAUGUUUCAGUCAAAAUGACUUGGAUGUUGAUGGCAGUCAGUGAGUUGGAUCUAAAUUAUGAAAAUUCAAUGACUGCUCCAAUUUAACGUGGGCCUGAUGUAAGAAUGAAGCAAGCCUGCAAGCUGUACUUUGCUCUCCGCUAAUAGAAAGUACUCGCGCAGGAAUAUCCCAUUAGUCUGGCCCACAAUAAGAUUGCCUCAUCGGGCAAUUACAGCAUUAGGUCAAAAUUAGACCACUAGGUGUUGAAGUCUUCACUGUCAGCGGUGCAGCAGAUUACCACUCAGCCAACCAAUGAAGGACUGGAUGGUCUAAAUGCUAAGCGCCCGACCCUGAAACACACUUCACCUGCAGGGAAUACACAUUGUCGUAGUGGUCCAACGAGCGCUUUGAGGCUGUCAGUUUCUUGAGGAGAGAAAGGGGGCUUCAAUUGAGGAGCUUUUCAGUUAUUCCCUAAAGGCCAAACAGGUGAACCAAUCAUGUCCAGGCUAGAAAAAAUCUCCCUGACAGUGACUAUGUGUGCACUACUGUUAUCCGCAUUAACGCCCUGCUUGGAGGCCCGGCGCGGUGGAGGCUACAGGGGGAGUUGGGGUGGAGGCAGGCCAGCCUACAGGCCGGCACCUCCCAGGAGCAGCGGCCCCAGCGCGGGGAAAGUAGCCGGCGCUGCGGCAGCGGGAGCCAUCGGAGGAGCCAUGAUCGGGUCCGCCUUGAGCCGCCCUGGGUAUGGAUAUGGAGGAGGCUACGGCGGGUACGGUGGUUAUGGAGGCUACGGGGGCUACGGAGGAGGUUACGGCUACCCGCGGUAUGGUGGCGGCUACGGAGCCAGGCCUGCGUACGAGCCAGAGGGCUCCGGAGACAUGGAGUAUUACACCGGAGCAUCCAGCGGGCCCAUCUACAACAGUAUCAUUGUUGUCAUCGGCUCACUUCUCUCUCUGCUGCUCAUCAUGUAAAGCCAGGCUGAGGGAAACACAACCUUAAACACGACCCUCGGAACAUUACAACUAUGACUUCACUGGGCUUUGUCCGCACUCUGUACUGACUGAAUUUAAGGACAGGAAGUUGGCACGGGAACCACUUGGCACUAGGAGGGUCGAUUUCCUGGGGUCCAUUUUACAAAGCAGGUUUAUUGGAAACUUGGAGUCUAUUAAACUCUGUAAUAACGGUAAUUCUGUUGCAAAAAGGGUGGUCAUUCAAACCCUAGAAAGAGGGGAAGGCCCAGCCUGUUUAACAAAGUGGUGAAACUAAAUCUCUGGAUCUAACCUGCUCAGGAGCCGUUUUUACUUAACGAACUUCAAUUUCUUCUGUCUCCACCUAUUUCAGAGCCACGUGCCAGUUCACUCCUUAGUCAGCAGGCAAGGUUAGAGGAAUCCUUGUUAAGCCGUCUGUCAUUACAAAUAUCUUUUUUUUUUCUCUGUCAGCACUGGGGAAAAAGGGAUUUGUUGAAUAAACAUAUUUUCCAUGUCAAGUAGUUGCACGAAACAAUUUAUCUGGAGCUUUGAGUGUUUGUCAACAUAAUAAAAAUCACUUCAGAUGAAAUUAUUAGAGCAUCCACCUGAUCCAGUUCAUUCAUGAAUUUCUUUUUUCCAGUGAUGAGGCAAGUAGGUGUUACCAACUUAUUAUACUUGACAUGGCAUGUCCUCUUGUCACCAAUCCUGUGGAUGGAAAAAUGUUCCUUGCCCUGAAAUGCUUUUAACAUGUCCUUGUAGUUUUGCGCUGAUUUAAAUCGGUCAAAGCCGUCAGGGAGGUGUUUUACCAAAUUUCAGAUGUGUAAAUCUGUUACUUUACUGUCACAUUAUCCACUGCUUUCAGAUUGUGAAGACAUUUUUUUUUCUUCUAGGAUUUCCCACUCUCCACCACGUUGAGUUUAUUUUUGUUUGAUUUUAAGGCAUUGCUCAUCGUCCUUUUGUUGUCAUAUGAGCACGUUAAAAUUUCUCAUUCAAUUGGGGCGAAAAACGAAACCAUCUGUUGCCAUUAAUUAUUGAAUCGGAAUUCCAUUGUUAAUGAGUUUAUAUAGCUGGGCUAGACUUCGAGUUGAUUAAAGUGACUCAAAUCAGAUGUGUUGUGUCAAACCAGUUUUCUAUCUAAAAGUAGUUCAACUCAGAGUUCAGUUAGACUCAGAGUUUAUUGAAACUGCUUUGUGAAUAAGACCCCGGGUCAUACUGAUGGACAUUACAGCAGUAGAUUAAAUGAAGCCUGCAACCUAAAUGAUCUUCAAUCCACCAAAUAUUUGUAAUCGUAUAAAACGCUGCAGUAUUUUGUGUUGUAAUCAUCUUGUGUUACAUUGGUGAGCCAAUCAUUUAGUAAUUCAGCUUUUUGUUUCUUUGUUUUUUACAGCCAUUUACUACAAUGCUUUUGUUUUGUUUGUUUAAAGCCUGUGCUGUUUAGCUGCUUGGACAGACAGAUUGGUAGACGUGAAUGCAUUUUAAUGUUGGAAAAGUUUUAAUGUGCCACAGGGGAGUUUCUUUUAUGUUAUUGAUAUUGUGGUGUGGUAUUUUGGCUGGACAGAAGAACACGGAGAAUAGCGACAAGUACGUUAUUGAAUAUGCUACCUAGCUAUGUGUAACAAAAUCAUCACGCGUUCAUUUAUUAAGGGAAGAGUCUGUGAGGAAGAAACUGAUAAGACUGAGAACAGGAAAGGUUACGGUACAACGGGGAAGUGUGAGUGUAUGUGUGUGAGUACCCCAUAUUAAACUAAUCGCCUGUAAUAAUGAGUGAGUUGUCAACCUAAUAGUUACUCUUAUUCUUAAUGCAGCUACAGUAUAACACGAUUUGUGUACAGUGCUUUUUGUUAUCUGUGAUCUCAACGUUGUGGCGACAAAGGUCAUGGUGACAAAUACUUACCUAUUAUAUUUUUGUUCCAUAAUUAAAGACACUACAUCAAGGAAAUUUGACCAGGUAUUUGUUUUUCACAGCUUGUUCACGAAUUUGAACACAAAUACUUACAUAUUGUAUUUUCUUCCAUAACUGAAGACAUUACAUCAAGGAAAUUUGACCAGGUAUUUGUUUUUCACAGCUGGUUCAUGAAUUUGAACACAUGUGAGUUUAAUUUCUAUGAUUUCCUACAGCUUUGACAAAAAAUUUCAAAUAUUUUAUAAUAUAUGUAUCAAAUCUAUAAUAAGUGUAAAUCUGUCUAACAUUCAUUCAAGUGAAACAUUUCUCGCAUUUAUUCAACGUAAAUUUAAAAAUAAUUUCAUUCCAAUGAAUCAAAACCUAAAAUUCCAUAUCGCAUAAAAUUAGAUUGCCAUCACAUCAUAAAAUAAUUAUUAAUUAUGUGUUGAUUGAAAUUAUGAUAUUAUGAUCGGUUUAACCUUUUCGAAGAAGAACUAAAUCUCCCAUGAUGCCUAACGGUAAAACAGCAAUAAUUGCAAUACAAUAUGUCUCGCAUUGUUGAUAUUUAUUUCCUGCUUGUAAUAUCCAAAUAUAGAUUGAGGUGUAUAAGGGAGACAGCUUAUAUUGAACGGGAAAAUUGUAUUUUUCCUGUUUUUUUAAUUUAAAAAAAAUAUAUAUAUAUAUAUAUUAUUCUGUGCGGGUUUUAAACUUUGAAUGGGCUGGAGACUGUCUUUCUCAUCUGGCAACAAGCACUAUUUUUCAAAGACUCGGGGCGGGAGAAAAAUAUAUUAGGCGGAUUGAUGAAAAUUUAGGCUAAUUUUGACAAAACUUUGGCAGUUUCGGAAUGAACUGUUUUGAUUCGUUAAAAAGUUAAAUUUGUAUGUCUAUAUCUUUGAAGUUCAGUUGCGUUUGUACUGAACUGGCAUUUUAGCGCCUCUCAACGCGUGAGCUGUGAACUGCAUUUCAAAAAACAA